UAGAACGUUGAGACCCGUCUCAGUAUAUAGAUAGCCUCUGUUGAUGAUAUACUGUCAUCCUUGUGCAUCUGACUCAGUUGCUACUGUAUCAACUGUAGCCUACAUUUAGGUUUGAAUUAGAUAACGUUCUGGAGAUACUCUGAUAAAUGCCAGGUAGUAAUGUCCUGUCAAAAAAUAAGAAAGUUUAGCCAUGCGUUAUUGCAGAAAAGUAAGGCAGCUUCGCUUUGCAGGGGUUUAAAAACAUCUGUUGCGUCUUAUGGUAACGUGGCAUCUAGAGGUCCGACCAACCAAAUAGGAAAAUGCUGCGAAAAUGGUCAAAGUUGUGGAUCAAAUUCGGGUAUCCAGGCUACAGGGUCCACAGCCAUCCCAACUUCUCCAUCACCCGCAAAUCACAGACAAGUCGCAGGCAAGAAAUUUAAGGAGGUGUCGCCGACGUUUUCUGAAAGGGCAUUCACUACUGCACCCAAGAUUGACUCCAAGGUGUACCUUUGGUCAAGGUAUAAUGAGAUGAAACGACUUGUGCACGAUUUGAUUCCUCCAGGUGUAUGUAACUUACUGAACCCCUCCACCAUCUAUGCCAACAAUGAGGUUGACUUGGACGAAGUGGAAAUCUAUGGCUUUGAUUAUGACUACACGCUCGCUUUGUACUCCAACACUCUUGAUACAAUGAUCUACAACACAGCUCGAGACUUCCUUGUCAAACACUACAAGUAUCCAGAGGGCAUUAGCAAGUAUGACUAUAUUCCCAACUUCGCUGCUCGUGGUCUCCACUAUGACAUUCAGAAGGGACUGUUGAUGAAAAUUGAUGCCUUCCAUUACAUUCAGCUUGGGACUGUAUACAGGGGUCUGAAUCCUGUCCCAGAUGAGGAGGUUUUGGAGCUCUACGGUGGAACUAACCAUGUCCCUCUUGAGGAAGUCAGUGGCUUCUAUGGAAAGGGUCCUGUGAUGAAGCAGUUCAUGGAUGUUUUCUCCAUCCCAGAGAUGACUCUCCUGGCUGCUGCCAAUGACUACUUCAACUCCAAUGACAUUGAAUAUGACCCUGGUCAUCUCUACAAAGACGUUUCAGAUGCCAUUGGAAUGGUGCAUAUCAAAGGCUACAUGUACAAGUGGAUAAUGCAAGACUUGGAGAAAUAUAUUCUCAGAGGUGAUGAGACAUAUGCAGUUCUACACCGUCUGGCAAGCCAUGGCAAGAAGCUCUUCCUUAUAACCAACAGCCCAUUUAGCUUUGUAGACAAAGGGAUGAAAUACAUGGUAGGAAAGGACUGGAGGGACUUAUUUGACAUUGUCAUUGUUCAAGCUGACAAACCACACUUCUUCAACAGCUGUGGCAAACCUUUCAGACGUUUGGAUAGCAACGGGGACCUUCAGUGGGACAAGAUCAAGAGCUUGGAUAAGGGCCAGGUCUACAAACAGGGCAACCUGUUUGACUUUCUCAGGCUCACAGGAUGGAGAGGAUCCAAGGUGCUGUACUUUGGAGAUCAUCUGUACAGUGACUUGGCAGACCUGAUGCUGCGUCACGGCUGGCGGACAGGAGCCAUAGUACCGGAGCUGGAGGUGGAGACCAGGGUUGUGAACACGGAGCAGUAUGCCCAGGGCCUCACCUGGCUGCAGGCACUCACCGGUCUGCUGGAGCGCAUGCAGAUGCAUCGAGAUCCAGAGUCAAAGAAAGUUCUGCAGGAUUGGUUGAAGGAGAGAGAAGAGCUUCGAGCUGUGACCAAGAACCUGUUCAACCCUCACUUUGGUAGCAUUUUCCGCACCUGCCACAACCCCACCUACUUCUCCCGUCGCCUGUGCCGCUUCUCUGAUGUCUACAUGGCAUCCAUCAGCUGUCUGCUGAACUACGACCUCUCCUACACCUUCUACCCUCGUCGCACCCCCCUGCAGCAUGAGGCUCCCCUGUGGAUGGACCAGCUUUGCACUGGCUGCAUGAAGACUCCCUUUCUGGAGGAGAUGGCUCACAUCCGCUGAGAGGGGCAAUCCAAGAUCUCACAAACCGCAAACUGAAUAUGAAGAUGCAGGAACUGAGACUAAGCUGAGAGUAAGGAGGCAUGGUGGACAACCCAGUAGAGGUUAAAGGUCUGCACGGAUCAUGAGUGGGGCGGCAGGGUAGCCUAGUGGUUAGAGCGUUGGACUAGUAACCAGAAGGUUGCAAGUUCGAAUCCCCGAGCUGACAAGGUACAAAUCUGUCGUUCUGCCCCUGAACAGGCAGUUAACCCACUGUUCAAUAAAAGAAAAAAGAGGGAAAAAAGUACCCCCUGCUGUAUGCCAGUAGGCCUACAGUAGUAGCAUAUCAUAAUUUCUGCCUAUUCAAGUCACCCAAUAUCACUUGGUUGGCCAGGACAUUUGACAGGUUUAGCUAUUAGUUUUAUUUUUUAGGUUAGUUAAGGUUGUAACUUGUUGUCCACACCAUGUACAAAUGUAUGUUUUUGAUAUCUGUCACAUGAUGACUUUUUAAAUCUAAUUUUAAACAUGUAGCCUGUAACGGACUGAUGUCAUAUAAUGAUAUACAGUAUCUUAUGACCGCAUCAGUUUGAGUUUUGAUUAAUGGAUCUUGAUUAAUAGAAUUUUUUACAAGUAUAUUUUAAGUCAUUGGUGUUACCACCUUGAAAAUCACUCAUUACAAAGGACCUUGAGCAUAGGGGCCUAUAUUAAAGGAAAGGAUUAGUUAAUCAAACCCUUUUAGUGUGUCGUAAAUGUGAGGAUUGAGAAUUGUUUAAAUAAAGUGUCAUUGGUGUUG